AUGCGCCAUUCGGGCGAGAGCAAGGUGGGCCGUAUCGGGAACUCCAAUUCAAAAUUGUCUCACGGAUCUGUCCGCCUUACUAGAGUUUCUGCAAGUUGCACCAUUCGACGACCCCCAAUAUUUAAUGAGCAUAUCAUCAAACCCUGGAGGACGAGAUCAGAUCCCAAAGCGGUCGAAAAACUAAGGAAGCCCAUCAAGGCUGUUGCUAUUCGACGGUCAAAGAAAUUGCUUGGUUUACCAGCUCGAGACGAUCAGGUACAUCACGUAGAGUUCAGCGAAGACGAGCGAACGCGAUAUGAGAAGAUUCGGUUGCGUAUUCGAGACGAUGCUUUCGAUCUGACGGCGCCAAUAUUUGCACACAUAUUGUGGAUCGACGAUCUUCGAGGACUUUGCAGCCAUAGCGGAGAGCUUAUGCGUGCCAGUCGUUCCAGUAUGCAUUUGCCGUCUACGAAUACGGCAGGAUCUCCACUCCAGCCUAGCGCCGCGGUUGACUUCGACCAGAUGAGCUUCCUUCUUAGUGACAAUCUGUUAGCCACUAUUAACCAAGAUAUGGACCUGUGCGAGAGGGCCAACAUAUCCAAUAUCUUGACGGAUGGGGUUGACGACCGCCAAGAACUGAGCCCCAGCUGGCGCUCGAGCCGUAAGUGUCCCUAUCAAUGGCCAUUGAACCGUUCCCUGAGCACACCCGAUGCAAGUGGAUGUAAUUCACCAUCUCUGGCGUCUCCGGUCGACUCGGAUCACGCACCAGUGUCCUCGUCGCAAGUCUCGGCCUCCUAUCAGAUAUCUCCAAGAACGACGGCAAUGCGGUCAUUUUCUCAUUCUGGCACACGACUUUGGACACGGUUUCCCGCUCCUUUGAGGAUUGCGGACGGCGCUUUGUGCGGGUCGACGGCACCAUGUCCAACCGUGAGAGGGAUUCCACACUUAAUGCGUUCCGGUCAGAACGCAUCAAUCAAAGUGCUGUUGGCCACUGUCUCAGCUGCCGGCUUGGGGCUUGACAUCACUGUCGCAAACUUAGCUUGUCUGCUGGAGCCUCAAUGGAGCCCUUCGACAGAGGAGCAGGUGCUGAGCCGAGUGCAUCGAAUGAGACAGACGAAGCGUGUAAAGAGAUACGGCGUCAGGAAUGCCAUCGAGGAGAACAUUAUUGAGUUGCAGCAGCGAAAGUUGCGAUUGGCGCAACUAGCUUUGAAUGGUGAAGGCGAGGCAAUUGGAAAGGGGUUGAUGGACGAUUUGAAAAUGCUGCUGAAGUAG